AUGUGCGGCCGUUCCGCAGCGCCCGGCGCAGAGCCCUCGCUAGGUGUGACACCUGAAACAACCCUCUCACAGUCGCAUUCCUCUGAUAACAGUGCAGCAGAGGGAUCACAAUCGUUGCAAGCCUUUGUACCCGCUUCCCCCCUUUGCGCCGCUGCGUUCGACCUGGUGACGUCCACUGCCCUGCCGCUGACGAUCGUGCAUCACUCGCUGCGGGUCUACUUGUUGGCGAAUUGGUUGGCUCAGCGGGAGAAGAGUGAAUGGGCAGACAGUGAUCUCUUGUUCGUGGCAUGCAUAUGUCAUGAUAUUGGUACCGCCGAGGCGCACAAUGGCCCACAACGAUUCGAGGUCGAGGGGGCCGAUGCUGCCGCGGACUUCCUGCGCAAGCAGAUGAAAUCCGAAGCAGAGGUACACGAGGUCUGGACUGCGAUCGCUCUACAUACCUCGCCUGGCAUAGCAGAACGCAUCACACCAUUGGCUAGGCUGGUGAGGUUGGGUGUCCUGAUUGAUUUUCGUCCCGCAACUCGGGCGGCCCUGGACGCAGUGGCCUUUGCGGAAACUCUGGAGACCAAACUUCCACGUUUAGAGAUCGAGAAGAUCUUGGGGGACGCUGUCGUUCACCAAGCUAUUCAGAAUCCAGCCAAGGCCCCUGCAGCUUCAUGGCCGAACAAUCUCUACAAGUCAUACCUUGAGAAUCCCGAAUGGACGGGUGUCAAUCGAGGCUUUUGA